CAUCUCGUCGUCGCCAUAACACUUGAACUCAAAAUCUGUUGUUGAAUGAAUCCUUAUAAAGUUAUGAAGAGCCAUUGAAGCAACAACAAUUUUUAUCGGUUAGUCAAAUGGAAAACCAUGCAUUUGCCAUGGAUGAGUUCAGACGGUUCGAAGAGGAGUUUGAUCAGAUGGCUAAAGCUGAGCUACAACAACUCCUUGAUAAGUCUGAGAAGGCUCGCAAGAUGGGUAGUUUGAUGGAGAAAGCUGCGUCGGUUGCUUCUAAGAGGUACAUGGAGGCAGCUAUGAAUUCUGCCACUGCUUCCAUGAGAUCUGCCUGGAAGGCUAUUUCUUCCAAUAAGGUUCAUCCUUCUUGAAGCUGCUCUUUUCAUUUUCAUUUCUUAUUGAAUUGAAAUCUAUUUAUCUUUUUAAUGUUGGUUCAAAACCCAAUUUUAGAAGCCUUUUACUUGUACUGUACUUUUAGCAAGACAAGGAAUUAUCUCCAUAAGCUGUACAAUUAAUGCAUAAAUA